UUUCUCCGUAAAGCUUGACUGGUAAAUGGGUAUUAUUUACUUGAAACUCAAACAAACAAGCAUCAAGCAUCUGUCAAAUCGAUAUCGAUAUCAGGAAACAGGGAUAUCACCAGGCGGAUAUUCAAAAAGAAGAACGAAAAUACUUCUAGUGCUAAUUUGAUGGCCGAUCGAGCAAUGCUGUGAAGGUGUGGAUCAAGCUGAUUCUAUUGCUGUUCCAUCCCCAGCUACAGCUGCUGUUGUGGGCUCCACCAAAAGCGUCUCUGGAAAAAACAGCUGCAUUCUUCUGCUUACAGCUGCCGUUAACCAGCAUGUACCCGCGUUUAUGUGUCAGGUCGGAGCAAAACCAGCAUAGCUGUGGCUGUUUCUCCUCGAAAAUACCACAAGGACACGUGAAGUCGUACUAUGUGUGGUGCAUUAUUGCCAAUUUCUUCAUAAGCGAAAAUUGGGAUGCUGAAUUCAGUGGUGUAUGGCGAUGAAUUUUUAUAAAAGUGGCUGUUAAAAG